CAUGAUUGUGACAUUGCAGAAAAAAAGUCUAUAGUGACUCUCGCCCUAGGGACAAGCAGCGGUAUUUUAUGAUGUCGUUUGCUUAUAGGCAUUUGCGCUAAUAUUGACUCCCCUUCGGCGCCACCAUGCAUUAAUCUCGGGAAUUCAACAAACAUUGGUGUACUUUACUUGCCUUUUUUGGACAUAUUACAUGAUUGCUACUCAAUAACAUCCACCAACAUGGAGGUGUCACAAUCUGCCAGUCGACUAGGCCCAGCCUCCAUACACACCAUGAUACACACACUGCACAACUAAUCUCCACCUUAAGUCUGGCCAUUUGGCAUUAGUUAGACAUUCAGAACCAGUGGAGCGAUGAGAGGGGAAAAGCUCUCAUCUGAAAGUUGACUAAGCCGUUUAUGUGAUGAACAAUGGAGGUUUUAGGAUUUGACCUGUCUCCAGCCAUGCUGACACUGGUUACGAUGGUUGGAAUGUUGUUCGUGUCUCUGGGAUAUGACUGGUGGUGCCAUCAAUAUUUUCAGAGGCGAGGCAUUCCUGUGGCUGAAUACAUCCCACUUCUGGGAAGCUCAGCCACGUGUGGUAAACUAGGAUUUCACAGUGCGUGUGAACGUUUCCUCAAAGACAAAGGAAAAUAUGUGGGGAUGUAUGAAAUCCGGCGCCCUGUUCUAAUUGUCAGUGAUCCUGACAUCAUCAAGAACGUACUUAUCAAGAAUUUUAACAGUUUCUGCAACCGGCGGGUAAUGCCUCUCCUUCCAGCGCCCAUGAAGAGGGGACUGAAUUUGCUGCAAAACGAUGAAUGGAAAGAAGUACGCAACAUCCUUACCCCAACCUUCAGUGCAGCGAAGAUGAAACAGAUGUCGUUUGUGAUGAAUGAGUGUUGUGAUAGGCUGGUGUCCUAUUUGGACAAAGCAAGGGAAGGCGGAAUUCCUGUUGAAUGCCGGCAUGUGUUUGGGGGCUACACCAUGGAUGUCAUUGCAAGAUGUGGUUUUGGUCUUCGUGCAGACUCUUACGACAAAGACGAUCCUUUCGUGAGGAAUGGCAGCAAAAUGUUUGACUUCAAAGUGGAAUCUCUUGUUUCACUUCUGUUGGUAAUAUUUCCAGUUUUGGCCACACCCCUCACGAAACUGACGAAAUAUAGCUUAAUUGAUCAGUCAGCCGUGGAUUUUUUCGUGGAUGUCACGAAGGAAGUUGUCAAUUUGCGGAGGCGUGGAGAGCGUGAGUCUAAGAACAUCGAUGUGCUUCAACUGCUCCUUAAUGCCCACAAUGAUCCCGAGUAUGACCAGGGAGAGUCGGCGUCCAGACUCAACGGUCGAGAAAAUGUCGUCGUCCGGCGUAAGCCGCUGUCCACCACUGAUGUCCUGGCUCAGGCAUUGACAUUUUUCUCGGCCGGAUACGAGACAACCAAUACCGUGCUAAGUUUGACUGCAUACCUACUCGCUAUGAACCAAGACGUCCAAGAGAAGCUGUACGCCGAGAUCGAUAGCCUCACUCCAACAAGAAACGACGUUACCUACGGCGUCAUCCACAAUAUGGUGUACUUGGACAUGGUGAUAAGCGAGUCUCUCCGCCUGUUUCCACCAGUUGUCCUUCUCGAACGCGUCUGCAAUGAAACAACACGAUACAACGGUUUGACCAUUGAAAAGGGACUGGUUCUGUUCAUCAGCACCUGGUCUAUUCAUCACAGCGAAGACUACUGGCCGAAUCCCACCCAAUUUGAUCCUGAGCGGUUCAAUGCUGAUAACAAAGCCAACAUCAAGCCUUAUACAUACAUGCCGUUUGGCCUUGGACCCCGUAAUUGCAUCGCGAUGCGGUUUGCCUUACUGGAGGCCAAAAUAGCACUAGUUCGAGUUUUGCAGCAAUUUCGCUUUGAUGUUUGCCAGAAAACUCAGAUCCCGCCAACUCUUAAGAAAUUUGGAUUGAUUUCUCCUGAGAGUGUGAUGCUGAGUGUCAUUCCAAGGAACUAGAGCUACGGGAAUCAUCAGUCAUGAAAGUUGUCUCAUGGCAGCAUCAGCUUAGAGUGGGAGAACGUAAAACCAAAAUAGUUGAG